AUGUCAGCUCCGAAAGCCACCAUCAAGGCCAUCAAGACUACCCUGAACUAUUUGUCGGAGACCAAUGGCGAGCUGCACUUCUUCCUACACAAUUAUUGGGCAGAGAACCCGUUGGUUAUGGACGGCAAUGCGGACGCAGACGAGUGGCUGGUGCGGCUGGCUGCAACACCGUGGACCAAGGUGCAGUCGUUAGCGCGGCAUCUGCAGCCGCUGUCCUCCAUGGCGAGAGGGAGGGAGGUGGCGGAUCGGAUCAUGCGGCUGCGGGAGCACAUUGCUAAGGAGAUGACGGAGGACCUGUCCAGAAUCGCGGCGGACAAUACUGACGUGCUAAAGAGGACGCUGGCCAAGACCUUCACAGAGACCAAGCUGUCGGAGUGA